GUCAAGUUUUAGAAGAAGGAGAUAAUUUUGUUGUCGUUAUUGAAAAAGUAGCUCCUGGUUUUGAUUACAAAGAUUUUGAAUUAAUCAGCUCAAAAAGUCUUUUCGAACAAUUUCCUCAACAUCUAGAAAAUUUGGAUGAGGCUUAUUUUUGUUUUGAAGGAACAGUCAAAGAUGGUUGGGAUAGUUUGUUUAUAUACCGAGCAAAGCGAAAAUAUUAUUGUUUAGUGAAUAUAUUCUUGGCUAUUUUAAGAGUUUUGAAAUUACCUUUGAAAUUAUUAGUGGGAUUACUGAGAAAAAGGCAAAAAAAGAGAAGUGAAUUAGAGGAAAA